AUGAUCUGCACAUUAUCCCCAAUCAACCUCUACAACCCCUCGGAAUAUGCCACCCUCCAACACCAACGCCACAUUUGCGGCUGGGACUACAGCGACGAGAGCAUCCUCGCCUGGCGUGAGAAACAAGACGCAGACUUGAAAACAUUCUUCUGGAUCAUCCUUCCCGGCAAGAGUGGUGACGAACCCAUCCGUGCGGGUCACAUCUCGCUCGAUGCAUACGCAUCCCCGCCUGAUCCGGGACUUGCGCAGGCCGAUCACUCUGUCUUGACUAUUCAAUCGUUCUUUAUUUUGCCAGAGUACCGUGCUGGUGGUGUUGGUCGUCGAGCAAUGCAGUUGGUGGAGGAAAUGGCGGUGAACGAUCCGCGGUGUCAGACUGUUACUGUCAAUGCAUUGAGCAAAGAGUACAUUGAGAAUGAGGAGAAGCGAGCAUUCCUUGAAUCAAUGAACGCGGUACCGGAGCUUCCGGCGGUGCUGUGGUAUGAAAGACUCGGAUAUGUGAGGUGGAAGACGGAGCCCAGAUAUCCGUAUCAGUUGCCUCAAGGGGGAGAUGGUAUGUACGAGGCAGACUUUUUGAGAAAGACUUUGCGGUAG